UGUAGGACCGGACCAGCACAGCAGCAAUGGGGACCCUUCGAGACCUCCAGUACGCCCUGCAGGAGAAGAUCGAGGAGCUGCGGCAGCGCGACGCCCUGAUCGACGAGCUGGAGCUGGAGCUGGACCAGAAGGACGAGCUGAUCCAGCGGCUGCAGAACGAGUUGGACAAGUACCGCUCGGUGAUCCGGCCCGCCACGGCCCAGCAGGUCCAGGCCCAGCAGCAGAGCCUGGGCCUGCAGCCGGACCAGCACCGCAGCAAGCGGCAGGCCAUCUCCGCCGAGCCCACCGCCUGCGACAUCAGCCAGCUGAGCCACGUCACGCUGCCCUUCUACCCCAAGAGCCCAGAAUCGAAGGAGCUGAUAAAGGACGCCAUCCUGGACAACGACUUCAUGAAGAACCUGGAGCUCUCUCAGAUCCAGGAGAUCGUGGACUGCAUGUACCCGGUGGAUUAUGGGAAAGACGCCUGCAUCAUCCGAGAGGGCGACGUGGGCUCGCUGGUGUUCGUGAUGGAAGAGGGGAAGGUGGAGGUGACCAAGGAGGGGAUGAAGCUGUGCACCAUGGGACCAGGAAGAGUGUUUGGGGAGCUUGCCAUCCUCUACAACUGUACACGCACAGCCACCGUCAGGACUCUGGUACAGGUGAAGCUGUGGGCCAUCGACCGCCAGUGUUUCCAGACCAUCAUGAUGAGAACCGGACUCAUCAAACACGCAGAAUACAUGGACUUCCUGAAGAGUGUUCCGUCUUUCCAGGGCCUCCCAGAGGAGACCCUCAGUAAGCUGGCGGAUGUCAUGGAGGAGACUCAUUAUGAGGACGGCGACUACAUCAUCCGACAGGGAGCCCGAGGAGACACCUUCUUCAUCAUCAGCAAGGGACAGGUCAGCGUCACUCAGGGCGACGCGGCCAAUCAGGAAACGAUACACCUGAGGGAGCUCGGCAGGGGGGACUGGUUUGGAGAGAGAGCGCUGCAGGGGGAGGAUGUGAGGACGGCGAACGUGGUUGCUGCAGGCUUGGUCACUUGUCUGGUCAUCGACAGAGACUCAUUCAAGCAUCUGAUUGGUGGACUGGACGACGUCUCAAAUAAAGGCUACGAGGACGCCGAGCUGAAGGCCAAAUACGAAGCUGAGAAUGCCUUCUUCUCCAGCCUGAAGCUGACCGACUUCAACAUCAUCGACACGCUGGGGGUCGGAGGCUUUGGACGGGUUGAGCUGGUGCAGCUGAAAAACGAGGAGGCUAAAACGUUUGCCAUGAAGAUCCUGAAGAAACGCCACAUUGUGGAUACGAGGCAGCAGGAACACAUCCGCUCUGAGAAGCACAUCAUGACCGACGCUCACUGCGACUUCAUCGUCAGGUUGUAUCGAACAUUUAAAGACAGUAAAUAUCUCUACAUGCUGAUGGAGGCAUGUCUGGGAGGAGAGCUGUGGACACUCCUCAGAGACAGGGGCUCAUUUGAGGAUUCGACGACCAGGUUCUACACAGGCUGUGUAGUCGAAGCCUUCGCCUAUCUGCAUGCUAAAGGCAUCAUCUACAGGGACCUGAAACCUGAAAACCUCAUCCUGGACAGCCGAGGAUACGCCAAGCUGGUGGACUUUGGUUUUGCGAAGAAGAUCGGUUGCUGUAAGAAGACCUGGACGUUCUGUGGGACGCCAGAGUACGUGGCUCCAGAGAUCAUCCUCAACAAAGGUCACGAUGUCUCUGCGGACUACUGGUCUCUGGGCAUCCUGAUGUAUGAGCUGCUGACGGGCAGUCCUCCAUUCUCAGGUCCAGAUCCCAUGAAGACCUACAAUGUCAUCCUGAGGGGCAUUGACAUGAUCGAGUUCCCCAAGAAGAUCACCAAGAACGCUGCCAACCUCAUCAAGAAGCUCUGCAGAGACAAUCCAUCAGAGAGACUGGGAAACCUCAAGAAUGGAGUCAAAGACAUCCAGAAGCACAAGUGGUUUGAAGGCUUCAACUGGGAAGGUCUGAAGAAAGGAACGUUGACUCCGCCCAUCAACCCCAACGUCUCCUCUCCAACCGACACCAGUAACUUCGACAGCUUCCCCGAAGACUCGGACGAACCGCCACCGGAUGACAACUCAGGAUGGGACUAUGACUUCUGAUCCCACAAAGCCUGACCCAACAGUGGAGGCAACGGCAAAGAUUUUCUCGUCAGACUUCAAUAGAAGUGAGCUUCCAGCCGAAGCACCUGACCUCGACAAGGCCACCUUUUCUGUAGCCACAAGUCAGAGUUGUGCAGACAUGAUUAUUUGUUCCUGCCUACAAAUCAGUCCUGAAGACUCUUUUGCAUUUGAAGUUCCUUUGAUUUGAGAGAUUCAGGUACCAUCAAUAGAAUCACCACAGUGACAUGGGGAACUCUUCACUCUGCGAUGGUCUCUCUGACCCCUGAACAAACCCGAUUCCGCGUUCCACUUAAACUAAGUCGUGGAUACAUCCGCCAGUCAGCAGUCAGUCACAUGUCACAGCCUUUCUUGAUGUCCUGGCUGAUGCUGCAGCACUGAGAGGUGAACUCUGACCUUCGUCGAUGGCUCCAGCCUGAGAUUUGAUGUCUGAAAUUGUCACUGAAACUACCUGAGACUAAAGCUGGUGCAUCCGCAGGCGUUCGGCGAAGUCUUCACUAAGUGCUUUCAACAAGGCUCAACCUGCACCUUCUUAAACCCUGAAGGUUUAAGACACAAGGCAAGCUCCACGUCUGAAGAGGCAAACUUGAGGUCACCGUGUUGCCUUCACUUCCCUUCUCGCUUUCUGGAACUUUGGAUGCAAAGACAGACGCAUAUAGGUGUUGGGUGUCGUAGCUGUUCUCACCCUGUGUGGAUCAAAGAGGUGAACUGAACAUUUCUAACCUGAAUCUUUCCUUUUCUCUCACUCUUUGAGUUGUAAACCUUUGAGUGGAAGCAUGAGAACACGUGUUUGUAGAUAUUUUCAAGACUUGCAACAUGUUUUUACAUUUAAACGGUUGUUCAACUUUGCUAAAAGUGCAGCGGUAGCUUUUUAAUUCAACACAUCAAGAUCUGGACUUUCAGACAUUUUUCCUCUUAAGAAUCUGUGAAUCAGUCCUUCAUCCGGACACUGUUUGUUUCUUUAUUCACCUGCAACUUUCAUAAAGACAAAGUGAAUUUUCCCACUGCACAGUGGAGAGCCAAGUGGAGUUAAAUGCUGUGUGGAAUUCAAUGAGUUUCAUAGGUGUUUAUUGGAGACCAAAUAAAAUGUCUUUUUUUAAACGGUGUGAAUCAGCAUCACAACAAAGUUAAUCAGAUCAGCUGAAUGACUUGUUUCUGUUUUCAUCAGUCCCAUGGAUAUAAAACAUCAGAUCCAACUCCACCCACUGGUCCCAGGUCACAUUCAGGUCUCAGUCCAGUGGUCGGGGUAUUGAUGUCAGGAAGAAAUGAAGGAUGAAGGGCAAGGAAAGACCGAGAGCAGGACUUUUACCCUUGAGAAGUCUUAAAGUGGUUAAUAAGAUACUAACGAGGGUGACAGUGGGAGCAGGACUUUCACCCAGAAGACACAUGAUCGAUUCCUGAAUGGCAACGAGUACUAUUACUACAGCAGAAAGUAGCAUAAACAGUAUGCAUGACCUCUCGGUUCUUUCCAUGGCAACAAUUCAUCAACUGUUAAAAUAGGAAUAAAAAUGACACAGCAUCACAGAUUGUUUCCAUUGAUUGUGUGUUUGGUCACAGUUUAUUGAUCCCACUGGACCCAACUCAUCCUCAUGUGAGGGACUGAUGAGAGCCGAUGACAGUCACUCCAAUGCUGUGAAAAGAUCUGAAAUAUUCAGCUUACUUUAACUAUUUGUGAUCUGAGCUGUUUCCACACAGCUGAAAGCAGGAAGCAGAGGUGCAUUCUGGGAACUCCUCGCUUCCUCUGCAUGUUCACAGCGACUCCACCAGGGAGUGUGGAAACUUUGCCGUAGUGUGCAGUUUAAGACGUGGCUCUGAUGUCUAAAUGUGUAUUUCUGCUGUAAAUCGUGGCCUUUUUUUCGACUGCAGUCUCUUUGGGCUCUGAAGCUUUUGUAUCUGACUUUUGUACAAAGAGUGGCGAUUGUGUGCAUGAAAACAGUGGUAAACAGUUUAUUGACACGUUUGGACCAGAGGGAGAAAUCUGUGUUUAUAGCUGUGAUGAUUAUUUUUGUGGUUGUAGAUCGUGUUUGUAUAUAUUUGGGUAAAAAAGUUCUUACUGAUUUCAGUGGUUGUAGCUCUGCGUUCACAAAGCUUUAUGCUCACGACUGUUAUGAAGUGAAACCGUUUCACCAAAGCAGCUCCAAUUAAAACAUUUUAAAGU